AUGCCCUCCAUCUUUCGCAAAAAAAAGCAGCCCAAACCACCCAAUCCAUUCCCCAUCACCCCUGCCCCCAACACUGCACCCGCGACCCCACGCAAAUCCCUUUCCUCCUUCGUUUCCACCGCUCCCAGCACAACCGCCAGCCCUAGACUGAGCGUGCAAAGCAACGCGAGCUCGUCCUCUGCUUCUGUCUCUAGCCAUCCACAGGCUCAGGCUCAGACGCCCAUCUUUGAGAAAUUCAGCCCUGUCAAGCCUGCCCCGCCAGCUUCACCUUUGGUAGACAAGCCUUCGCCCAGGAUCAAGCCUCAGAGCGCCAACCCGAGCUCUGAAAAGACGAGAAACCUCUUCUCAUCUUCGAUACCGCAAGAUCAAACCGGUCAUCCAAAAAGCCCUACACCGCCUGCAAAAGAAGUACCCGUGACAGCCAUGUCGACUGCUUCAGUCAAGUCCGUCAAGAAUGCUCGUAAGGAGCAGGAGAAGGAACGCGUCGAGCGCCAGGUAGCCCAGCCUUCCGGCAAAAUCACCCCGGUGAAAGCCUACCUGAUCUUCUACAACGCCGUCUCCACCCUUCUCUGGGGCUAUCUCCUCGUCAUCACUCUCACUUUCCUCCUCACACCGCGCUCCGCCCCAUCGGUCGCUUCCCCGUCCUUCCUCUCCACCCUUAGCACCUACGUCCCCUUCCUCGGCGAGCCCAAACACGUCCAGUACAUCCACAAGAUCCUCAACCACCUCAAGGGAUCUUAUGACUUUGGUAAUCUCGGCUGGUUGACCAAGUGGAUCCAGUCGUUGGCCGUUUUGGAGAUUGUGCACGCUGCUUUGGGGUUGGUGAGGAGUCCGGUGGGGACGGUCACGAGCCAGGUCUUUAGUCGGGUUUACACCGUCUGGGGAGUCGUUGAAGCUGUCCCUCAAGUCACUCACGACUCGCCCCUGUUCACCACCAUGCUCCUCGCCUGGUCCAUCGCCGAAGUCGUCCGCUACUCCUUCUACACCCUCUCCCUCCUCCCCCCCGCCUCCGUCCCAUCCCCCAUCACCUCCCUCCUCACCUGGCUCCGAUACACCUCCUUCCUCGUCCUUUACCCUCUCGGCGCAGGCUCCGAAGCUUUCCUGUCAUUCUCCACUCUCCCGCCAUUCGCCCUCCUCGCCGGAAAAGCUAUUCGUCUUUUGCCAGGCGGGGCUAAUGUGUCGGGACAGGAGUGGGGGUUGAUGGAAGGUGUGAGGCUUGUCAUGUUUUUCGUCUGGUGGCCUUCUCUCUUUGCGCUCUACACUUAUAUGCUCAAGCAGCGAAAGAAGGUCCUUGGCAAGGGCAAGACUGUUGGAGGUGUCAACAAGGCUCGCUAA